AUGGAAACACAAGUUAAUUUUGAAAAUAUUAUAAAACAACCUAUUCAUUUACAAGAACAAGGAGACUUAAUGAGUAUUGAACAAAUCAAGCAAUCAUUUGAUUUUAUUAUAAGAAAAAUCGACGAAAAUAAUACCUUACUAACAGAUAAGUAUUUGAUGAAAGAAAUUGUAGAAUUAGCAAUUCAUUCAAAUGAAAAGAAUUUGUGUGAUCCUACAAUUAUUAAUCAUCGUGUCUUUUUUAUUUUACGUGAUUAUUAUUUAAAUCUUAUACAAUAUUGGCGUUUUGGUGAAAAAUUUGAUGAUAUAUCAUUUUUUAUAUUCGAAACAAUUUCAAAUUUAUUUCUAAAAAUGUCGAGUCAUAUAUCAGAUAAUAAUAUAUCAACAUUAAAAGAAUUAAUUUUUCAUGAAAAACUUCUCAAUGAAAUAAAUCAAUUUCUUAAAGAAUUAUCAACAAAUGGUAAAUAUUUACAAGAUCCUCAAAUAAAAAGUAUGGAUAAUUUAUUUCGAACAAUUCAACGUCUUGAAAGAAUUAAUUUUGAUAAUAAAAAAGAUUAUUUAUUUAAUAAUAUUAUUAAAUGUAUUUGUUCAUCAUUAUUUAUUGAAAUAUUUCUUCAAUCAUUAAAUCAAGAAAAUGAUGAUGCUGGACAAAGAUUUUUAUUAAAUACAUGUACAGAUUAUAUUUAUUCACAUUCAACAGAUAAACAACAUAAACAAGGUUUAAUUGAUAUUCGUCAAACACUUCUUCAUCCAUUUACUCAAUGGUUAAUUCAACAAUCAUCAUUAUUUCGUUUAUGGAAUAAUCGAAUGAUAAUUAAUUUACGUCAAAUUUGUUUUUUAUUAACACUUAGUAUUCAACUUAAUCGAUUUAUUAUUCUUGAUAAAGAUAUAUUAGAUAAUUAUUGUCAAAUUAUUGAUUCAUUUAUUAAUAUACUUUAUUCAUUAAUUCAAUCUGAUAAUAAAAUAAAUAAUAAAUUAUCAUAUUCAUUAAUUGGAACAAUAAUACCUAAUUUAUAUACAAUGACAUUAUCAAAACAAUUAGAAAAAUAUCUUCAAAAUAAACAUAUUAUUUCAUUAAUAUUAAAAUUAACUAAUUUUGAAAAUGAUGAAAUACAAUUAAAUGCAUUUAAAAUUCUUUCUUCAAUAACAACUGAACAAGAAACAAAAAAUAUUGAUUAUUCAAAUAAUAUAGCAAAUCUUUUUAUUAAAUUUCUUAAUAAAAUUAUUGAUGAUUCAAAUCAAACAUUAAGAUUUUAUAAUUUACUUCGAUGUCUCAAAAAUUUAAUUCAAUAUGAUCAAAUUAAAGAUGAGUUAACAAAACAAAAUGGUCUUCGAUUAAUUAUUCGUUGUGCAACAGAUAUGAAUUUUAAACCUCUUCAAGUACAACAACCUGCUUUAGAAAUUCUUUUGGCUCUUACAUUUAAUAAAGAUGCUUGUGAACAACUUAAAACAUAUUCUAUUCAAAUAAAACCUUUUUUAUCUUCAUCUCAUCAAGGAAUAUCACAAAUUAUUGAAAGAAUUUUAUGGAAAUUAGAAAAAGAAGAACAAGCACUUAUAAAACCAAAAAUUCAUGAUAAAAAUUAUAAAUAUGAUAUUAUGUUAUCAUUUUCACAAUCCGAUAAAGAUUUAUGUCUUCGUAUUUAUGAUGAACUUCUUAAAGAGAAUUUUAGUAUUUGGAUUGAUCAAGAUGAAACUUUAGCAGUAACAAUGGAUGAAAAAUGUGAAAUAAUUGAUGAAUGUGAAUAUUUUGUAAUGUGUAUGUCCGAUACAUAUAAACAAAAUUGUUUUUGUCGAUCUGAAGCAUGUUAUGCAUAUGAACGUCAAUGUAAAAUAAUUCCAUUAAUUGUUUUGUCAAAUUAUCGUCCAGAUGGUUGGUUAAAUCGUUUAAUUAAUGGAAAAAUUUCAAUUGAUUUUAUUAAAUAUGAUUUUGAAUCAGCAAAAAUAAAAUUAAAAAAUGAAAUUGAUCGUCAAAGAAAAUAUUCAAAAAUAAAUCAACAACACGAUUCUGUUUUACUAAAAACACCCAUUGAAAUUUCCAUAGAUAAUGAAUUUCCAUCUCAAAUUGAUCAAUGGACAAAUAAUCAUAUUAGAUUAUUUUUAAUAUCAAAAAAUUUAAAUCCUUUUUUGGAAAUAUUUUCUGAAAUCAAUGGAAAUAUUUUACAUGAUUUAUAUAGGAUGUGUUUAUCAAAUAGAGAAUCAAUGUUUCAUACAUUAAAAACAGAAAUUUCAACAUUAAAUACAAACAAUGAACAAUUAACACUAGUUAUUUAUCUUCGUUUUCUUAAUGAAAUUCAAAAAUAUGUACCAUCAUUUGUUAUUAAUCAAAAAUAA